AUGGCCAGUCAGUCUCAAGGCAUCCAGCAACUCCUGCAAGCCGAAAAACGAGCUGCUGAGAAGGUAGCUGAUGCCCGAAAGCGGAAGGCUCGGCGUCUGAAGCAGGCAAAGGAGGAAGCCCAGAUGGAGGUGGAGCAGUACCGCAGGGAGCGAGAGCAGGAAUUCCAGAGCAAGCAACAGGCAGCCAUGGGCUCCCAAGGGAAUCUGUCGGCUGAGGUGGAGCAGGCGACAAGGCGCCAAGUGCAGGGCAUGCAGAGCUCCCAGCAGAGAAACCGGGAGCGCGUCCUGGCUCAGCUUCUUGGCAUGGUCUGUGAAGUCAGGCCCCAGGUGCACCCCAACUACCGGAUCACUGCCUAGGACACCCUCCAGGGCCUGACUCCUCCUCUGAAUCCCCUCCCUCAAA